AUGGCAGCAAAUUAUUCUGACGACAUUGGCCCUAUGGGCUACCCCAUGAAGUUGGUCUCGUCGGAAAUCGUUGAGCACAUGUUAGGCUGGAACAUCCCUGAGGAGCAUCAGGAAAUGGUGCAUGAACACUGGCGCAACUACCCCGCGGUCAAUAAAUACUGGCACUUCUGCCUAGGGUUCAUCUACUCCUUGCUCAUGAUCAUAUCCCUUAUUGGAAAUGGAACAGUCAUCUGGAUAUUCAGCACAUCAAAAUCCUUACGGAGUGCAAGCAAUAUGUUCGUGAUAAAUUUAGCGCUGUUCGAUUUGACGAUGAUGUUGGAGAUGCCGCUGCUUAUAAUUAAUUCGUUCUACCAGUAUCCAGUUGGCUUCCAACUCGGCUGUGACAUAUACGGGAUAAUCGGCUCGCUGUCCGGUAUCGGCGGCGCAAUCACCAACGCAGUGAUUGCCUUUGACAGAUACAAGACAAUUUCGUGCCCGCUGGAUGGAAGGAUAAACAAAGUGCAAGCCUAUUUGCUUAUUUUAUUCACAUGGAUCUGGGCUAUGCCUUUCACUGUCCUGCCCGCUAUUAGAGUGUGGGGACGUUAUGUUCCCGAGGGCUUCCUCACCACCUGCUCCUUCGACUACUUCACCGAUGACCAGGACACAAAGGUGUUCGUCGGUGCCAUCUUCAUUUGGAGCUACGGCAUCCCUAUGUCGCUCAUCUGCUUCUUCUACUCUCAACUCUUUGGAGCUGUCCGACUUCAUGAGAAAAUGCUACAAGAACAAGCCAAGAAGAUGAACGUGAAAUCGCUAGCCAGCAACAAGGAAGAUGCGAACAAAAGCGUUGAGAUCAGAAUCGCAAAAGUAGCCUUCACAAUCUUCUUCAUGUUUGUCUGUAGCUGGACGCCUUAUGCCUUCGUCGCCUUGACCGGCGCUUACGGUGACAGGAGUCUGUUGACACCACAUGCCACGAUGAUUCCUGCAGUUUGCGCCAAAGUUGUCUCAUGUAUAGACCCAUGGGUGUAUGCCAUCAACCACCCCAGAUACAGAGCGGAGCUUGAGAAACGUAUACCUUGGCUCGGAGUUCGUGAACAAGAUCCCGACACGGCGUCCGAGCGAGCGAGCGUCGCCACAGCGCAGUCCCACACGCCGAACGCCGAAGCCUGA